GGGAAGAGUCAGUGAGGCAGGUUAUCGAAAACAAGACUUUCACUUCUGGCUUUCCACUGAUUUCGAGGAGUAUCUGUUGCAUAUGAUAUAAUUCCCCCGGUCCAGUGGAACGAAAGGAUUCAGCCAAUGGCUUCAGCUGAUGAAGUUGAAGUCUUACAGGUCUUUCAAAUUAACUGAGUGAAUAAGACUUUGAUCGACGUCGAUCGUGCACAGUUUCAAACGAAUGCUCAAGGUAGCUUAUAUGUGUAAUGAUCCUUACAAUUUGGUAAACUGUAUGAAGAUGGACUCUAGCUAAAAGUAAACUUGUGAAUUUGUGGUCAAGCUAUUACAGUAACACAGAGGAAUGGUUUUCACUCACUCGCUGAUGUUAUAGGUCGUUUGUGACUAUCUAUUAUUCACCUACUGAUAAUUUAUUUUCAUAUUCUCGUAGGUUCCCGGCCAGCGUUUUACGUACAAGUUCGACAAAUUACCUUACAGAUACGAUCCAGAAGUGUCACAAUCAAGGUAUCAAGAACGAAAGAAAAUAUCAUCUGAUAAAUCUACAUCCUGUUUAUCGGGACAAUCAUUACUCUCGUCUUCAUUUAAGCAGUCAACACUUUCGCGUGCCCAGAUCCCUUUGGGGAGUAGUAUCUCCCCCUCUCUCAUACCCAGUGCUGCUCGGUCGACACAAGCAAGCCAAGUAACAACUCAACAACUUUCUCCCCAAACACGUACUUCUUCAAAUCUGCGUAAAAUAACAUUGAAAGCUUCUGUUCCUUUACUCUUUCGAAAGCAAGAUCUUCUGAAUUGUUCAACUAAGUCUAUUCCUGUGUCAGUGAUUAAGCGAAUUGCCUUCAAUCCAUAG